UCGUUCUGUGUCUAUGCUUUCCCUUUUUUUUUGGCCAUUAGCUUUUUAUAUAACGGCUUCUCUAAAAGAAAAAAAUGUUGGGCUUUUGCAAAGCUUAGUAAUGGAGAGAAGCAGAUUCAGUAAAGUUUGUGUAUUUUGCGGAAGUAACUCUGGUCACAGAGAAGUUUUCAGCGAUGCCGCAAUCGAACUUGGCAAUGAACUGGUGAAGAGAAAGAUAGAUUUGGUUUAUGGUGGUGGAAGUGUUGGUCUAAUGGGUUUGAUAUCACGGAGAGUCUCAGAAGGUGGUUGUCAUGUACUCGGGAUCAUUCCCAAAGCUUUGAUGCCUGUUGAGAUAUCUGGUGAGACUGUUGGAGAAGUAAGAGUUGUUGCAGACAUGCACGAGCGCAAAGCUGCAAUGGCUCUAGAAGCUGAGGCUUUCAUUGCGCUUCCUGGAGGUUAUGGAACUAUGGAGGAACUUCUGGAGAUAAUAACAUGGGCACAACUCGGUAUCCAUAAGAAGACGGUUGGUCUUUUGAAUGUUGAUGGUUACUAUAACAAUUUGCUUGCAUUAUUUGAUACUGGAGUUGAAGAAGGUUUUAUCAAGCCUGGCGCUCGUAAUAUCAUUGUUUCUGCUCCCUCUGCUAAAGAACUUAUGGAGAAGAUGGAGCUAUAUACUCCUUCACACAAGCACAUUGCUUCCCACCAAAGCUGGCAAGUUGAACAACUUGGAGAUUACCGUUAGCCAGAUUGCUUAACAAUGGUGGUAUUUUUGUGUCUUUUGCAUUAAGAAACAAUCUCUUAAGCAUUUGAAACAGCAAUUGUGUUUGCAAAUUACAAUCUUUUCUCAAUAGUGCAAAGCGUUUGGUGUAUGGUUAAGGCCAUUAUGUCUUUUUUUUGUUUGAAUGUUGGAAAUCAAUCAGAAUGAUCUGUCAGUUUUUUUGUUUGGAAAGAAAUUGUGACAGAUUCUAAGCUUGAAAAGCGACAGCUUACUUAA